GCGCCGUAGGGCGCGCGGUGCGGGAAGAUGGCGGCGGCGGUAGCGGCCGGGCGGGCGGUGGCGGUGGCCGCGGCCUGUGGGGCCCGCUCCGCCCUGGGAGCCCGCCGGGCCCGGGCCGUGCUGGGCCGGGCCUCCAGCGGUACCGCCGGUACCGAGGCGGUGCUGCGGGAGCGGUUGCGGCGGCACCAGGCAGCAGAGGGACCCCUGGGACGUGCCCCUGGCUCCGAGGAGGAGGAGGAGAAGGAGGAAGAAGAGCGACGGCGACGGGAACGGAUGGCGGCUGCUCGACGCUUGGCCCUGCGUGUGGCCGGGCUGCUGGGCGCCGGCACCGGCGUGGUGCUCGUCUACAUCUUCGGCAGCAACGCGGUGGACGAGCACGGCGCCAAGAUCCCCGAUGAGUUCGAUGGCGACCCCGUGGGCAUCCAGCAGCUCCGCAGGACCUACAAAUACUUCAAGGACUACAGGCAGAUGAUCAUUGAACCUACCAGCCCCAAACUGCUGCCAGACCCCCUGCGCGAACCCUACUACCAGCCCCCCUACACCCUCGUCAUCGAGCUCACCGACGUCCUGCUGCACCCCGAGUGGUCGCUCGUCACCGGUUGGCGUUUCAAGAAGCGGCCAGGCAUCGAGAGCUUCCUCCAGCAGCUCGCGCCUCUCUACGAAAUCGUCGUCUUUACCUCCGAAACCGGCAUGACCGCUUUCCCCCUCAUCGACAGCGUAGAUCCCCACGGCUUCAUCUCCUACCGCCUCUUCCGUGACGCCACGCGUUACAUGGACGGGCGACACGUCAAGGACAUUUCCUGCCUCAACAGAGACCCGGCGAAGGUUGUGGUGGUGGACUGCCGCAGAGAAGCGUUUUGCCUCCAGCCCUACAACGGGCUGGCGCUGCCUCGGUGGGAUGGCAGCUCCGAGGACCGCGCACUCUAUGACCUCACCGCAUUCCUCAAAACCAUCGCCCUCAGCGGCGUGGAGGACGUCCGGACGGUGCUGGAGAAUUACGCGUUGGAGGAGGAUCCGCUGGCGGCUUUUAAACGCCGUCGGACGCAGUUGGAGGAGGAGGAGCAGCAGCGCUUGGCCGAGCUGGCACAGGGGAAGAAACCGACGGGGCUUUUCCUGGGCGCCUUGGCCGGACGUAUCUGGCCGCGGUCUAAGCAGCAGUGAUGUCAACGUGAUGUCAGCAGGGUGGCGCCGUGAUGUCAGCAGCACAACUCGCCGGGGGGUGGGGGGGUGUGACACACACGCUGCCGUUCACCAGUGCCGCGUCACCUGGACAACGCAGUCGGGCGGCUCCAUGGCGGGAAGGGGGGGAACCGGGUGCAGGCCCCCUCCCCCCAAUUUUGGGGGGGUUUGGGGUUUUUGGGUGGGGGGGGACAUGUGACCCCAGCGGGGGUGAAUAAAGGGUGACGUGGA